AAGCGGACUUCGUUGGAACGGCAACAGUGAGCUUUGGCUGUUACCUGAGCUGUUAUUCUUUUGACCGUAGACAGGUUUUAUGGACGUCAGUUGUACGACUAGUGUGUAGUGGGGCAAUUUACUUGCAUCUGCAAUAUGAAGAAUGGAAGAAGACGAUGUUACUAUCAGAGAACAGAAUUUCCACAGCCAAGUUCGAGAAUAUAUUAUAUGUUUCCUACUGUUUGCAGUACUCUACAUUGUGUCGUAUUGCAUCAUCACCAGGUACAAGAGGAAAACAGAUGACCAGGAGGACGAAGAUGCUGUCGUCAACAGAAUAUCACUGUACCUGUGCACCUUCACCCUGGCCGUGUCGGGUGGGGCUGUCCUCCUCCUGCCUUUCUCAAUCAUCAGCAAUGAGAUCCUGCUCUCCUUCCCCCAAAACUACUACAUUCAGUGGCUCAAUGGCUCCCUCAUCCAUGGCCUGUGGAAUCUGAUGUCACUCUUCUCCAAUCUCUGCCUCUUCGUCCUGAUGCCCUUUGCCUAUUUCUUUCUGGAGUCCGAGGGAUUUGCUGGAUCAAAAAAGGGCAUUAAGUCACGAGUUCUAGAGACCUUUGUGAUGCUCUUCCUCCUCGGACUGCUCAUCCUAGGAAUAGUCUGGGUGGCGUCCGCACUCAUCGACAAUGACGCAGCCAGUAUGGAGUCACUCUAUGAUCUCUGGGAGUUCUACUUACCAUACCUCUACUCCUGUAUAUCUCUGAUGGGGGGACUGCUCCUCCUGAUGUGUACUCCUGUGGGCCUGUCCAGGAUGUUCACAGUCAUGGGCCAGUUACUAGUCAAACCAACUAUCCUGGAGGACCUGGAUGAGCAGAUUUACUGCAUCACUUUGCAAGAGGAAGCCCUUCAGAGGAGAUUGAACGGGUCAACAUCAUCUCACUCUCAUUCCCAAGGAAGCGCUCAUAGACUCAACAAAGAAUUGGACAUCGUCCGAGAUCAGAGGAAUAAACUGGGGAGGAGGAAGAAAGCCUCUGCAUGGGAGAAGAACCUGCUCUACCCCAUUGUGAUGUUAAUACUGCUCACAGGGACGACCAUCUCAGUCCUGCUGGUGGCGCUGAAUAUCCUCUAUCUGCUGGUGGAUGAGACGGCCAUGCCAAAGGGAUCAACGGAUCGGGGACUUGGGAACACCUCACUGUCCACGUUCGGAGUCGUCCAGGCCGUCGUCGAGAUCAUCCUCAUGUUCUACUUGAUGGUGUCCUCAGUUGUCGGCUUCUACAGCUUGCGAGUGUUUGAAGGCCUCACUCCCAGGAAAGACGACACGACCAUGACAACGAUCAUUGGUUGCUGUGUGUCCAUCCUGGUGCUGAGUUCAGCCCUGCCAGUUAUGUCCAGAACGCUUGGUAUCACCAGGUUUGAUCUUCUCGGAGACUUUGGGAGAUUCAAUUGGCUGGGAAACUUCUAUAUCGUCCUAUCGUACAACUUGCUGUUUGCCGUGGUAACUACUCUCUGCCUAGUCCGGAAGUUCACCUCAGCGGUCCGAGAGGAACUCUUGAAAGCAUUAGGUCUGGAUAAAUUACAACUGUCAAACAGCCCCACAGACCCUGAGUCUGGGAAGCUCGCGGCCAACGGGCAUCAGAAGACUCUGUGAAAGAGGCAACAGACACACACACACCUCAUGGCAGCCAAAGGGAGAUUUUGACAGUACUGAACUUCACAGGGGGAGGUGAAAGGGAAUGAGUCUGUGUAAGAGACUUAGUAUACUCCGACAGUGUCUGACGGGCACUGCGAACUGAGGGGAAGAGUAAUUUAGCUUCAUGACAUUCCCUCCUCUUCCUCCUGGAUGGAUGGAUGGAUGCAGGACUUGGACAUGGACAGGUUUGAGCCCUCUGAUAGACUGGCAUCAUCACAACAGUUGAUGUUGACCUCAACAGUGACUCUGACCAUGGGCCACUGAGCCGAUGUCUGGGGGACUUUCUUUUUCUCUCAGCACCAAUUUCCUCCCUCAAUCUUUUCAUUCAAUCGAAUUCUACCCUCUUGUGUUCCGUGCUUCCCUGAUCACUUCUUCCGU